AUGACCCGGGUGGGAAAGCCCUUCGCGUCCGCCAUUUUGGCUGCCUCUGUCGGUCCGUUCAGUUACCACGUGAACCGCCGACGGAGACCCGUGAGAUGUUAUGAGCAUAAACAGUAUAGAAAUGGGUUGAAAUUCUGUAAACAAAUCCUCUCUAAUCCCAAAUUUGCAGAGCAUGGAGAAACUCUGGCUAUGAAAGGAUUAACAUUGAACUGUUUGGGUAAAAAGGAAGAAGCUUAUGAAUUGGUUCGUAGAGGUUUGAGAAAUGACUUGAAGAGUCAUGUGUGUUGGCAUGUUUAUGGCCUUCUCCAGAGGUCAGACAAGAAAUAUGAUGAAGCUAUUAAGUGUUACAGAAAUGCGCUAAAAUGGGAUAAAGACAAUCUUCAAAUCUUAAGGGACCUUUCUUUACUACAGAUUCAAAUGCGAGAUCUUGAGGGUUACAGGGAAACAAGAUAUCAAUUACUUCAGCUUCGACCUGCCCAGAGAGCAUCAUGGAUUGGUUAUGCUAUUGCUUACCACUUAUUAGAAGAUUAUGAAAUGGCAGCAAAGAUUUUAGAAGAGUUUAGGAAAACACAACAGACAUCCCCUGAUAAAGUGGAUUAUGAAUAUAGUGAACUCCUUUUAUAUCAGAAUCAAGUUCUUCGGGAAGCAGGUCUCUAUAGAGAAGCCCUGGAACACCUUUGUACCUAUGAAAAGCAGAUUUGUGAUAAACUUGCUGUAGAAGAAACCAAAGGGGAACUUCUGUUGCAAUUAUGUCGCUUGGAAGAUGCAGCUGAUGUGUAUAGAGGAUUACAGGAGAGAAAUCCUGAAAACUGGGCCUAUUACAAAGGCCUGGAAAAGGCACUCAAUCCAGCUAAUAUGUUAGAACGACUAAAAAUUUAUGAGGAGGCCUGGACUAAAUAUCCCAGGGGACUGGUGCCAAGAAGACUGCCAUUAAACUUUUUAUGUGGUGAGAAGUUUAAGGAAUGUUUGGAUAAGUUCUUAAGGAUGAACUUCAGCAAGGGUUGUCCACCAGUCUUCAAUACUUUGAGGUCAUUAUACAAAGAUAAAGAAAAGGUGGCAAUCAUAGAAGAAUUAGUAGUAGGUUAUGAAACCUCUCUAAAAAGCUGCCGGUUAUUUAACCCCAAUGAUGAUGGAAAAGAGGAACCGCCAACCACAUUACUUUGGGUUCAGUACUACUUGGCACAACAUUAUGACAAAAUUGGUCAGCCACCUAUCGCUCUUGAAUACAUAAAUACCGCUAUUGAAAGUACACCUACGUUGAUAGAACUCUUUCUUGUGAAAGCUAAAAUCUAUAAGCAUGCUGGGAAUAUUAAAGAAGCUGCGAGAUGGAUGGAUGAGGCCCAGGCUUUGGACACAGCAGACAGAUUUAUCAACUCCAAGUGUGCAAAAUAUAUGCUAAAAGCCAAUCUGAUAAAGGAGGCUGAAGAAAUGUGCUCCAAGUUUACAAGGGAAGGAACAUCAGCGGUAGAGAAUUUGAAUGAAAUGCAGUGCAUGUGGUUCCAGACAGAAUGUGCCCAGGCUUAUAAGACAAUGAAUAAAUUUGGUGAAGCACUUAAGAAAUGUCAUGAAAUUGAGAGACAUUUUAUAGAAAUCACUGAUGACCAGUUUGACUUUCAUACAUACUGUAUGAGGAAGAUUACCCUUAGAUCAUAUGUGGACUUAUUAAAACUAGAAGAUGUACUUCGACAGCAUCCAUUUUACUUCAAGGCAGCAAGAAUUGCUAUAGAGAUCUAUUUGAAGCUUCAUGACAACCCCCUUACAGAUGAGAAUAAAGAACGUGAAGCUGAUACAGCAAACAUGUCUGACAAAGAACUAAAGAAACUACGUAAUAAACAAAGAAGAGCUCAAAAGAAAGCCCAGCUAGAGGAAGAGAAAAAAAAUGCAGAAAAAGAAAAGCAGCAGAGAAAUCAGAAAAAGAAGAAGGAUGACGAUGAUGAGGAAAUUGGAGGUCCAAAAGAAGAACUUAUCCCUGAGAAACUGGCCAAGGUUGAAACUCCAUUGGAAGAAGCUAUUAAAUUUUUAACACCGUUGAAGAACUUGGUGAAGAACAAGAUAGAAACUCAUCUUUUUGCCUUUGAGAUUUACUUUAGGAAAGAAAAGUUUCUUUUGAUGCUACAAUCAGUAAAGAGGGCAUUUGCUAUUGAUUCUAGUCAUCCCUGGCUUCAUGAGUGUAUGAUUCGACUCUUUAGUACUGCAGUGUGUGACAGUAAAGAUUUACCUGAUGCAGUUAGAACAGUAUUAAAACAAGAAAUGAAUCGUCUUUUUGGAGCAACGAAUCCAAAGAAUUUUAAUGAAACUUUUCUGAAAAGGAAUUCUGAUUCAUUGCCACACAGAUUAUCAGCUGCCAAAAUGGUAUAUUAUUUAGAUCCUUCUAGUCAGAAGCGAGCUAUAGAGUUGGCAACAACACUUGAUGAAUCCCUCACUAACAGAAACCUCCAGACCUGUAUGGAGGUAUUAGAAGCCUUGUGUGAUGGUAGCCUAGGAGACUGUAAAGAAGCUGCUGAAGUUUAUAGAGCAAAUUGUCAUAAGCUUUUCCCUUAUGCUUUGGCUUUUAUGCCUCCUGGAUAUGAAGAGGAUAUGAAGAUCACAGUUAAUGGAGAUAGUUCUGCAGAAACUGAAGAACUGGCCAAUGAAAUUUGAACAUCAUUAAACAAGCAAAUGGAAUGACUUUGGACCAUAUCUAGUAUAUAAUAUUUUUGUCACGCACCUGCUGCAUUGCUCUGACUUAAACAGAACGAGAAGAGUAAAUGUUCUUGCCUUCAAAUAGUGUUUUAAGUUUUUUAUCCUGCUGAGAAAGUAUAUAUAAAAUACCUAACAUAUUACAGGAUAUAGGUUCAGUUUCUUAAAAAAUUAAAAGCUGCUAAAAUUGAGGGGUUAAAAAAAAGAGACCUAUCUUCUUCCUACCUACCUACCCAUGUUUUUAAACUAAUUUAUAUAAAAUCUGGAGGCUGUUACAGCUAACAAAGCAGGUGUGUGGCAGAAAUAUUACUUUAAAUUUGUCUUGUGAGAUUUUACUAUAUCUCAGACAGCAUAAAUGCUGUUUUAGCACUGGAUUCUUUCACUGAGCACAAAGAGUUGUUGGGGCUUUAGCAUCUGACUGGUUUUGUUAUGGGGUUGAUUCUGGCCAUAGGAAGUAUGCAAAUGUGAAUCACUAUUUACAGAGAAACCUACAACAGAUGCUUGAUGUUGUAGAAGCUGGGACAUAGAGAUACCAAGCAGAAUUCUAAGAAACCUAGAGGGUGUUCAAUACGCUUGUGUUUCCAAAAUUCACUGUACAUGAUCAGUUUGGCGUUCUUGUACCACAGUUUUUUUAACUGAAGAUACCAGUUGGAACAAUCAAUUUUAACUAAAACUUGAAGAACUAAAAUAACAAUGCAACCCUUUCAGCAUUGUUUUGGCCAAACUUGUUAAAACUGUAAUGCAAGAACCAAAUGCACUGUGAUAAUGGCACCAACUAAUUAGCAAGCAUGAAUUUUUUCACCCAGAGUGAAAAAAGGAAAUCUACCAUGGCUUGAAGUUAAAGAGCAGAACUCCUGACUACCAUUCUAUGACUGAUCAAGAGACUAAUAGUUAAAAAACCUCAGCAGGCCUUGUUCACGAUAUGCAGAAAAAAAGUGCUGCAGUUUAGAUACCUCUGGAAUUUUUCCACAGUGUCACAGGUUUGUAAUACUUGAAGCCCUACAUUUCUAAGAAUAUAUUUCUUGCUCAGUUGUUUCAGGCAAGCCCAAGACUUUGUAAUUUUUAAAGGGCCCAAGAUUUUUUUUUUCAAUAACAGACCAGCUUCUUUUUCCUGCAGUUACAGAUGUAAUUUCCUUUUUGUUGUCAAAAUGAGGUACCAAAUAUGAUGCAAUAAAUUGUUUUGAAAAACAGUUGUGUGAAUAUUUCAACUAAUCUGUGUUGGGCUUCUGUGAAAAUAUACAGGUGGAAACAGAGGUUGCAAGCCAGAGGCGCUGUAGUAUGCUGGAAGGCUAGUGCAGAUGGGGGCUCUGCAGAAUGGUCUAGUGCUGGUGUCAGGGAGUUCCGCAGUGCAGGCGCAGGGGGUGCAGGGCCACUCCAGCACACUUCACUCAGGGCUGGGAUGGCCGCAGGUACUAUGAAUGCAAUUUGUAAUUAAUAAUUUGAAAGGAAAACAACUAUUAUUUUGAUUGAGGAAGUGAGCCUUAAUAUGUUAAAUCUAUACACUGAGAACCAGCCUCUGGUUCAAGGUUCUCACUGUAUUUGCAAGAUUUGAACAAAUAAGAUUAAGUGAAUCAGUUGUAUGUGUAAUUGGCCUUUUUUUCGGUACCGUUAUGGGAAGUAUAUUCUAAAGGGAAUUUUUAGGAGACCCAAUCUUUCCACUGAUUGGACAGUUGUGCUAAACUCAACCUUUCAUAGUACAUUCCUGCAUUCCACAUCCCAGUCUAAUAAUUCAGUGAUGUAAAGAAAAGUAUAAACUGAACUCGAGUGCUUUGUUAUGUUUUAUUAACUGGCCUUGUCUCAGGAACAUCUUAGCAGAUGGCAAAAACGCCAACAUUUUUUUCAACUGUGAGUGGCAGCUGAAGUUCUUACUGUUGGGAAAGAACACUAGUGCUACCUCUGCCGCUAAUGAGGUGAUUGGAGGAGGCAUCAGCCAUAUGAUAGGGGAUGUAUGUGUGAAUUAUGUUUAAAUUCUACUGUAUAUUGAAAUGGAAUUAUAUUUGUUUUGACAAUGUUGAAAUGAUGUAGAUUGUCUUAGAAUGAAUAUUCAUAAGUACUCAACUCUCGAUGCAGAUGCCACCGGUGAGGAGUUAAAUUCCUAAUACAUAUAUUGUAAUUCCAACCCAGUUUUACUGGAACUAUUGAAUAAAUAUUUUAUUUUCUUUCAGGUUUA